AUGUUGUUCAAGUACUUGUUGGCGCCUAUUGCUUUGGCAGCUGCUAGCGUGCCUUACGACGACCGAUCGAUUUCCAAGCAAAUCGACUUCAAGACGAUUGUCUCGGUCACCGAGACCUACAAGCAAUCGAUCACCAACUCUUGUGGCAGCGACAACGUCCAAGGAGUCGUCAAUGACUUGACCCAAAUCUACACCCCCGUCGUGGACAUCUCUGAGAAAUUCCACAACUCUGUUGUCAAGGCCGACUAUGUCAACGCCCAAGCCAAAAUCUUCGGCAGCUUCUUGGUGAAGUUUGAGGCGAUCCUCAAGGUCGUGUCCCAACAUCCCAAAGUGUACCAAGGAUGUCGCUCCAAAGUGCCCGAGUUCGACAGCAAGUUCAGCUUGAUCAUCAGCGACUUCAAGAAAUACAACGUCGACUUCCGUGCCGCGCUCGGCGGCGUCAAGCUCGACUACGACCUCUGGGUCAAGUUCGGAUUCAAGUCCCAAAUCAGCCUUGGACUUUAUUAA